GACCACCGCAAAAAUCCGGGACAUGCAAAUUCGUCAAUCCAGGAACCACCACGACAACAACCAUUUCCAUGACCCUCUCCUACUGUGAAUGAAGCGACGGGGCUUGGUACAUGCAAUCCGUCCCCCCGGCCGUCCGCAUCUUACGUCCAUGAAACCCGUUAACAGAAAAAAAAAUGUCAAACGUCAACACGAACAUGUUUGCAACAGCUGGUGUUGAUCUUGCCCUUGCCGGCCAGCGACCCGGGCUCUUGACCCUGCCUUUGAACAUUAUCGCUGUGCUUGUGGCGCAUUUGGACAAUGUUGCAGACCUCGCUCGCCUUUGCCGUACAUGUCGGGUGUUGAACUAUAUGGCUCUCCCACAGCUCUACAAAGACCUUACGCUCACAUCGUACGAUAAAUUCCGAUACCGCGACGAAUUUGUGGAAGGAUGCGGCAGUGGUAGCCCAUUUUCCAUGGCCCUCAAUGCGGUGGUGACCCGAAAUGUGGGUGGGUUAGUUCGGUCUCUGACGCUGCGGGGUGAGUGGAGGGAGAAUGAGCUGGAGGAACAUGCGAGAGUCGGGAGGGUGCCGGAUUCGUCAAUGAUGCUGAAUAUCGUGGUGAGGGCGGCGGUGGAUAAGAUGCCUGGGUUAGAAUCUGUCAGCUGGGAGCUCAAUACAAAAAUGUUGCAGACGGUGUAUCAGGGGCUUGCCCAGCUGCCCAGGCUGAAGUCUUUAACAGUACGAUUCCCAUCGGGUCGGCAUCCUCGGCCAACUAUUGUUAUUCCAGCGAUGCCGCAUCUACGCGCGCUUAAAAUCACGGAUAUUGAUCCCCUUUGCUACCCGGAUGACCUAUCUACUUUGCUAUAUCAGAGCAAAAAAUUACGAGAGUUGAGGCUACACUGGUCCCCCCGGAUGCAGGAAGCGCAGGAGGCGAGCGUCAAUCUCACUGACUAUUUUCGCAAGUGCAUUGCGGCCAAAUCGCCAGUGAAGCUCAAAAAGGUUGCAUUCCAAAACUUAUACUCACUCCAUAGAGAGGAAAUCAUGUCUGGCAUUGACUAUUCUGGGCUAGAAGACCUUACUGUAUUUACUGCGCCUUUUGAUACUAUGUCCUUCGUGGAAAAUAGCUGGCCGAUGCCGACUUGGGAGCUGAAUUUAAAGUCCAUGCGAUUUGACCGUCUGGACAAACGAAGUUGCGAGGUAUUAGGCAAUCUCGAAGGAUUGGAAAAGUUUUAUUUAGUGACUGGCAUCCGAAGCCCAGGAGAUUACCGCAACAGUCCUAAACACUUUUCCUUAGAGUCAUCCACGAUUCUGACGCCGGAUUCUUCACCUGCAGGACGGAGGAGAUCAGUCUCAGCUAACGACGGGACCCCAAGCUCUAUCUCCAAUUACGACAACUUCAUACCCCAGUCAUCGCCGACGGUAUUGAAUUUUCCACUCUACGUCCGUGACCCACUUUUUCAAGUAAUAACAUCCGGUCUUGGGUCCACGCUCCGGCACCUUCUCCUCCCUUCCCGAUGGACUCUACCUCCACACCUAAUUGCACGACUGGUGCGCGCAUGUCCGCAGUUAGAACAACUUGCUCUAGCAACCGAGAUGACCAGCAUGGAGACUCUCAGCUUGCUCCUCCCAUUUUUGCGAAAACUGGUUGCUCUUCGAUUGCUUAUCCCCACUCCUUAUUCCGCCUCGGACCCAAAUGAUGCCCAUUUAUCACCUCCGAAUGCCGCUGUUAACACCAAUGGACGACAGCCUCCAGAAAUUAAUGCGCGCUCAAUCGCUGAAGUGGUUGAUAUGGACGAUUGCAUCCACAAUGAAGUAAUGGGCGUGUCGCUCGCGGACAUGGAGAUUUUUGGAACACUAAAGAUAAUCGGACUUGGUUGGAAAGCGUGGGAGUUGGGUGCACUAUAUACAAUUCCUGCAUCCAAGGCCACCCAAGCAUCCCUCUUGAGAGACGAAAAUGCAAUUGCAUUGAAAUAUCAUUCUGCGCCAGACGAUCUUUCGGACGAUCAAUUGGUGGAGGUGAGAUUUGCGAUUCCAGAAUCCAUUCUGCGACACCGGCAGGCAUCAUUGAACGCAUGGCCGACUACUUUUUCCCCGCGAGGAAAGCGGAAACGGCGAUCAUACAGUAGCGAUCUCAAUGGCGAUAGUAGCAUUAACGACCACAGCCCCGUUCCUAACCCUAAUAACCACCAAAAUACGCUCUCAUCCCCUUCACCCCCAACCACCUCAACCUCGACAACAAACCCCAAUCAGCAAAUCCCACCCUCCCCAUCCAGAGCUUCCUCCGUCUCCACAACGACAACAACAGCCACCAGCCUCUCCACCGAACCCCAAGCCCAGGUCCCAGGCCACAGCCCUAACCCUCCUCCCAUCUCGGCCAAACCACCCCUAACACAACCUCCCAUACAACAACCUCCACCUCCAUCUCAAUUCGGCCACACUCUUACUUUCCCUUGCGGAGACAGACCCAUGUGUAAGUCUAACGAUACCAUGACGGACGUAAUACAGUGCAUAAACUUCAAGGGGCUAUCUGGGGGAGGAGAUGUACUUUACCGCCGGCGGGUUAAGCGGGUGGGGUGGGAGGUGCUUAAGCACUGGGAAAUCUGGGGCCUGGAUGUACAGGAGAUCUGAGGGAAAAUCUCGUUUGGAGAAAGAGAAAAAGUUGAUACAUAUGUGUGUAUGGCAACCCCCCCCCCCCCCACUUUCUUUUCUUUGCCACAAAAAAGGGGGGUUACUGUGAUUGUAGUGGGGUUUUGCAGAUAGCAACCAAUACUUAUGGCCUGGCACUGUAUAAGGACGGAGGCAAAUAUGUGAGAUGUUCGCCCUCUUCUCUGUUCGGAUUUGUCUUUUGAUUAUUAUUCUUGGAGUUUUGGUUUUGCGGACAUUGAGUCGGCCAGUGGUCUUGACAUCAAUAUGUUAUUUGUUAUUUAUAUCAACCAGGAUGUUUUUUGAUUGGCUUUGACUUUCUUUCUUUUUUUUUUUCCCCCCCGCUCUUUACAUUUCAAUUUGAACCUAUUUAUUUAUUUUUCUGUUUUUGCUUCACACCCGGGCUGAAAGUGAGUUUCGAAUGCAAUAUAGAAAGUUUGCUAUCUUGAGUUCGUGCGAAGUGUGCGUGCCAGGAAGCAGUAAAGGGUAGUUAGGAUGCUGAAUGGAAUAUAUAUUGAGAGAGAG